AUGGCUUCAAAACUGCAAUACGGCAUGGCUUCGCUGCUGCUGGAGCAGCUCGCGAGCAAGGCGGCGGUGGACGCCGCCAUCCGCGGCACGAAGGACCGCGUGUUGGUGCUGCGCUUCGGCCGCGCUUCGGAUACCGUGUGUUUGCAGCAGGACGACAUUCUGGCCAGGUGCGAGCGCGAGCUGUCCAAGAUGGCUCGACUGUGCCUCGUGGAGGCGGAGCAGGUGCCGAUCUACUGCCAGUACUUCGACAUCACCCUCAUCCCCGCCACCAUCUUCUUCGUCAACGGCCAGCACAUGAAAGUGGACUACGGCACGCCCGACCACACCAAGUUCAUUGGAGCUUUCCGGACAAAGCAGGACUUCAUCGAUCUCGUGGAGGGUACCUUGCCCAUUCUGGAGCAGGUUAUUUAUCGCGGCGCAAAGCACGGCAAGUCGAUUGUGAACUGUCCGAUAGAGAAGUCGCACAUCCCGCGGUACGACCUCAUCUACAAGGACAUCUAA